AUGGCCGAUCUAGAGGUGGACGAUGAUUGCGAUAUGAGUCUUGCUACAGACGAUAUCAAGGAGCACCAGCCAGUGGCUGAUUGGAAAAGAGCUCGGCGUCAACGUUACAGCCGCUUUGUCAACAAUCCAACCAAUGCCCGCGCGAUAGAGGCACGUAUCAAGGACAUGGUCUCGGGAGAGUUGCAGUGCAACGUUCAUCCAUCUGCAGCAACAUCGUCUUUGCCAGCAGCUGUCCCUGUAUAUCCUCAUCUUCCCAACAUUGAUGCCGACGGCUAUCCCGAAAUCGGUUCAGCCUUGACACAACCGGAAGUGGAUGAAGGCUUUUGCGGCCAAGACGAGGAAUAUGCUCUCAUGCAAAAAGCAUUAGCUGCCGAUAGAGAAAGGCUGUUGGGAAAGUCGGGAGGCAUGCGAAAUUACGGAUCUUUGCGAUUCAGAGGAUCAGCAGAGACGGCGCUUCGUUGCCAGAACGUUGUCAGACAACGACCAAGGAUGCGACGAAGAAAAGGACCAGGACCUACCAUCGACCCUCGACCAAGCUGA